UUGUUUCAGAAACUAUUAGAGGCUCCCCGAACAACACACCUAGGCGAACGGGUUGAAGUUGAGCGCGAGGAGCUGCUCCUUGAAGGUCAUGCCCGUCUGGCCCUCGGCGAGCAUGUUGCCCGCGACGCCGAGCAUCGCGAGGCGGCCGUUGGCCAUCUCGGCGUUCAGCUUCUGCAGCUUGUCCUCGCCCUGCCACUUCUUGCCCCAGAAGCCGAUGCCGUAGUCGCCCGAGUAGUUCGACGCGGGCCACCACGCGAGCUCGAUGAGGCCCGUGAGGAGGAAGAUCUGGAGGAUGCCCGCCGCCGGGAUCUUCGAGAAGCCGUAGAUGCCGUCGGGGAUGUCCGAGAACUUGACGCCCUGGCUCUUCGAGAUGUAGCCCGGGAACUCGAUGUCGGCGUUGUGCACGAGGAUGCCGACGAACGCCAUCAUGGAGAUGCGGCCGUGCUUGCGCUCGACGGCGCGGCGGCGCGCGAAGGACUCGGGCUGGUCCUCGCAGUAGUUGAGCGGGUCGAAGAAGCCCGCCGGCGCCUGCACGCCGACCUCGAACUCCUCGACGGCGCGCAGCGCCGUGGAGGCCGCCGGGGCCACCGGCGCGACGAACGCCGCGGCGCUGGAGAGCGCGAGGGCGGCGAUGAGUCGCUGCAUCGUGUCUGCGUGCGGGGAGGGGGGGCGGUCGGCGGUUGCGCGAUGGCGUCGGGAGUUCUUUUGGGUCCGGUGUGUCCUGGGGGGCGCGCGCGGCCAGCUGAGCACCGCUGCUGUGUCCUUGGGACCGCGGCGACCAUGUCAGGCCGCCGGCGUGUCCUGAGAAGCACGGCCAGCUAGGCCCAGCCACAACUUCCGCGCGCCGGCCCGCCGUGACAUCGAGCGCGCCAGGAAUGUUGGGCAGGAAUCGAUGCCGCAGCGUGCCAGAGCGGGCGACGGCAAUUGCUGCGCGCCUCCGCGUCGACGAUCAGAAGCCCGCGCGGCCGGCGGCGGCUGUGGUGGCAUUCACAGCGAUUUUGGUGCUGCUACGCGACCACAGGGCCUCAGGCGGAGCUAUCUUCUCGUGAGCACUUCACGCGAUCUCAAAGCUGUCAGCCAUGGGCUCCAGACACCGUUGUUGGCUGCAAAAGACGCUGAAAAACACCGAUAUCUCGCACAAUAGACU